GAAAUUUGUUGCGGCAUGAAAAAUACAAUUGUGGUAUGUCAAUUUGAUGAACUCUCGAAAAUGAAACGAAGUCGGAUUCCAUCCCAAAGCACAUUCCAAGAUGCUUGGUUAGCUAAACCACAACUCAAAGGCUGGGUGCAAAGAGUUGCAAAUAAUGCUAAUAAAGCAAAAUGUACCUUAUGCAUGAAAGAAAUAAACAUUUCGAGCAUGGGUGUUCAAGACUUAACUAGCCACGUAAAAAGUCAAAAACGCAUGGCUUUAAUAGCUGCUCAAGCUAAAAUAGUAGAUGCUUCUUCAUUACUCUCCAAGGAAUCUACAUUACACUCUGAAUCAAUUGUUCUAGAGUCAACUGCAAAAAUCGACUUAUUGACUUCGAAAAACGAACAGCCAAAAUCUCGGGGAGUGAACAUGUACCUUGUUCAAGAUAAUGUAACAAGAUCAGAAAUACUAUGGUGUCUACAGUGCGUAGUAGAGCACAAAUCCUUCAGAUCUAUAGGCAACGAUGUAUCCAUUCUGAAAAAAAUGUUUCUAUACUGUACAGUAUGGAUUGGCACCCUAUUUUAA